AUGGUUUUGCAGAGGUUUGUUUCCAUGACACUAAACAUGACAAUGAGAAUGAAGAAACCUUGUUUUGGUUAUCUCUCUUCUGCUUUUCUUCUUCUUCUUCCAAAUUUGUUCACUUUGUCGGGGGCAAAAACAGCCGAUGAUGUAGUCCACGACUCUUUUCUUAGCUGCCUCAUAGAGAACACAAAAUCGUCCUCAGCGGAACUCUCCGACAUAGUCUUCGCCCAAAGAGACGCCGCCUUCAUCAACGUCCUCGAAGACUUCGCCAGAAACAACCGUUUCAAGAAACCCCAGACACCGAAGCCGUCAAUCAUCGUCGUUCCCCUCGAAGAAUCGCAGGUCCAGGGAUCUGUAAUCUGCGCAAAAGCCAACAAACUUCAAAUUAGAAUCCGAAGCGGUGGCCAUGAUUACGAGGGUUUGUCCUACGUCUCCAAGGAACCCUUUAUGAUCCUCGACAUGGUCAAACUUAGCACAAUCACCGUCGACGUAGAGAACGAGGUUGCCCAUGUCCAAGCUGGAGCCACCACGGGACAACUUUAUUAUAAGAUCUGGGAGAAGAGUAAAAUCCAUGGCUUCUCCGCAGCGGUGUGUCCCACUGUUGGCCUCGGUGGCCAUAUCAGCGGUGGAGGGUACGGUAACAUGUUGAGAAAGUUUGGUUUAACUGUUGACAAUGUCGUUGACGCGAAAAUUGUUGAUGUGAAAGGAAAUCUUCUUGACAAGAAAGGCAUGGGAGACGAUCUCUUUUGGGCUAUUAGAGGAGGUGGAGGAGCGAGUUUUGGUGUGGUGGUGUCGUUUACAGUCAAGCUUCUUCCUGUACCUGCAAAGGUUACCAUAUUUCGCGUUGAGAAGGGGUGGGAUAAUAAGACCGCUGACUUUGUGAUGGGGUGGCAGAAGGUUGCAUCAGUCAUUGAUAACAGACUAUUCAUGCGGUUGUUAAUGCAGCCAGUAGUAAAAAACCUAAAAGUCGCGAUUGUGGCCUUGUUUCUGGGAGGGGCAGAUGAGGUUGUGUCGCUUCUGGGGAAGGAGUUUCCGCUUCUAGGGUUGAAGAAGGAGAAUUGCGGUGAGGUGAGUUGGAUAGAAUCUGUCCUUUGGUGGAACGAUCCGAAGAGUUUGCAACGUGGUGUCAAACCUGAUAGCCUAUUGGAUCGGAAACCAGACACCGCUAUUUUCCUUAAAAGAAAAUCUGAUUAUAUUCAGAGCCCUAUUUCAAGAGAAGGGUGGGAAACUAUAUUCAAGGGAAUAGUUGAGACGGGGAACACAGGGAUUCAUUUAAACCCUUAUGGAGGGAAAAUGGAUGAGAUUGCUCCUGAUGCGACGCCAUUUCCUCACCGUAAGGGGAACAUGUUCAAGCUUCAGUAUACUGUGAGCUGGAGUGAUUCUUCAGAUGAGGCGGAUGAGAAUUUCACGAAUCAGGCUAAGAAGCUGUUCAAUCUCAUGACGCCCUAUGUCUCAAAGAAUCCCAGAAGAGCCUUCUUCUGUUACAGGGACAUUGAUACUGGAGUGAACACCUUCGGUGAAAAUAGCUACCAGGAAGGACAGGUUUACGGCACCAAGUACUUCAACACAAAUUUUGAGAGGCUCGUGAAGAUUAAGACUGCGGUUGAUCCCGAUAACUUUUUCAGGAAUGAACAGAGCAUCCCUGUGCAUGUGCAGAAACAAGAGAAUCAAGAGAAACAAGAGAAUAAACAAGAGAAUCAACAAGAGAAUAAACAAGAGAAACAAGAGAAUCAAGAGAAUAAACAAGAGAAACAAGAGAAUCAAGAGAAUAAACAAGAGAAUCAAGUGAAUAAACAAGAGAAUCAGGAGAAAGAAGAGAAUAAUAGUCUACUCAGCAUUUCUCUCUCUAGUUAG